AAAUCACCAAGUAGCAAAAGCAAGCCAAACUUGAGCAUCUAACAUCUUUUUUGAGAAGCUUCAGAUUUCAAUUUUCCAGACAAAAGAAAUGUCUUUGUUCAGAGGACUCUUGGGUGCAAAGAAGAUUAUUAACUUUUCUGUAGCGGCUACAAGCAAAAGGACAGUUUCAACACCAAAGGGGUUUCUUGCAGUGUACGUUGGUGAAGAUAAGGUCCAGAAGAAGAGAUAUUUGGUGCCAAUCUCAUAUUUAAACCAGCCUUCUUUUCAAGCUCUACUCGGUAAAUCAGAAGAAGAGUUUGGAUAUGAUCAUCCAGUGGGUGGCUUAACGAUCCCUUGUCCUGAAGAUACUUUCAUCAAUGUGACUUCCCGGCUUCAGCGAUGAAUAUGAAAGAGAGUUGUUCAAGAGGUUACAAAAUUUAAUUGUGUGUGCCAUAUCUCUGUGUAAGGACAAUGGUUUCAAUUAUACAAAGUACAGCAAGUUUUCUGAGAAUAUUGUCAUCGUUCUUGCAUGCAUGAAAUGUAUCUAUAUUAUAGUAUGGCUCGA